AUGAAACCGGAUGACAGUGAUCAAGCAUUUAAUACACCACUCGACUUGGCCGGUCGACCACCAUGGAUAACACGAGCCGUGCCAAGGGAGAGAAAUAGCUCGUACCCCCCAUUCAAACAUCCCGAAAGCAAAAUUCUCAAGAACACUGAAGCGGAGCACGUUAUCGAUAUCAACGAACCAUUUAAUCAAACGAGACACAAAGACGAAUCAAAUCAGCCGUUGCAGGCAACUCCUAGUUAUGCGAGCCCGAUCGAGAAGGCGACCUGGUAUAUGCGUCAAAUCGCCUUAUUUGACUGCGUCGAUACGGAAAUAUCCGCUCGACUAGAGCGCCUAUCCAAAUCCCACAAAGCUCAAUUUAAAACUUUUGGUCAGCUAGAACAGAUCGAAAAGGCGCUUACGUAUGCUAUCUACGCGCUGUUCCUUACACCUGAAGACCACCUGGAUCUUCUUAGUAGACUUGAGAACCUUGGCGAUAUCCAUACCACUCGCUUUGAACAGCUAGGAAAUGAUGACGAUAUAGACCAAUCGAUCAGGUGUUACUCUCGCGCACGACUGCUUAUGUCCGAGGACCAUCCAGGGCUCCCCAGGCUACUCGGAAGCCUAGGUGUAUCCCAUGGAGAUCGAUUUACUAAACUGGGAGACCGGAGAGACUUAGAGAGCGCCCUCAGCUUUCAUUCCCGUGCAUUCUCUCUCGUAGAAGAAGGCCACCUGGAGUUCACAAGGCUACUCCGGUAUCUUGGAAUGUCUCAUGGGAUACGUUUUGAAUUACUUGGCGACCCGAGCGAUUUGGAAAUCGCCAUCGACUCCCACUCCCGCGCACUCUCACUUAUGCCAGAAGGUCACUCGGAACUUCCCAUAUUGCUCGGAAACCUGGGUACAUCAUACAUUCAGCACUUUCGGAUAUCGCGUGAUUUAAAGGAUGUUGAAAGCGCAAUAUUACACCAAUCCCGUGGGCUCUCGCUCUUACCUGAAGGUCACCCCGACUUAACUGUUCUCCUUGGGCUCCUAGGAGCGUCCCAUGGCAUUCGAUCCCAGAUACUUCAAAGUCUGAAUGACUUGGAAAUUGCUAUUGAUUUACAUUCUCGUGGACUGUCCCUGGCACCUGACGGCCACCUAGCUCGACCCAAGCUACUCAGUAGUUUGGGGGUAUCAUAUACAACUCGCUUCGGUGUGCUACAGGACCCAAAAGACAUGGAAUACGGAUUAUAUCUUUUAAACUGUGCUCUCCCGCUCGUCACCAAUCACUCGGAAUUAGCCAUGCUACUCCAAACUCUAGGGAGGACGUACGCGCUUCGUGCCGUACGCCUUGGCCAGCUAAGUGAUGUGGAGAAAGUUAUAGAGUACCUAUCUCGAGCAGUUUCGAUGACGCCCGUUGGCCAUCCAAGUUUGCCGGAUCAACUAGAAAGACUGGGUAUGGCAUAUGGGAUGCGCCUACAAAGACUUGGAGAAAUAAACGACGCCAAACUAUCUAUCGAAUGUCUUACUCAGGCAGUCACAAUUGUGCCUGAAGACCAUCCAGGUUUAUCAAUGAUACUAGACACUUUAGGUAUAUCGCAUCGAGAGGUGUUUUAUCGUCUGGGCAUCCUGGAAGAUCUUGAUAAGGCAAUCGAUUAUCACUCUCGUGCUGUUUCAUUGACGUCCGAAGGUGAUUACAUCUAUCCAAGAAGAUUGUCAGUUCUAGGGGCAUCGUAUCAAGAGCGAUUCCUACGUCUAAAUAAGCUCGAUGAUAACGAAAACGCAAUCAAAUAUCUUUCACGGGCGCUCUCGCUCGCCCCCAAAGGCUACAUAGAACUACCUAGGACUCUCGAAGCUUUAGGUUCGUCGCAUUUGGAACGCUUCCAAAGGCUCGCCGAGUUGGACGAUAUCGACAAGGCGGUUGAAUACCAUUUUCGGGCAUAUUCCUUAACAGAGAGAGACCAUGCAGAACUACCUGGGCGACUCGACAACUUGAGUAGGUCGCAUAGAGUUCGUUUCAGACGGCUCGAUGAAUUGGAUGAUAUCGAAAAGGCAAUCGUGUACCUGUCUCACGCACUCUCAUUGACGCCAGAUGGGCACAUAGGUGCAUCCAAGCGACUCAAAGACCUUGGUGUCUCUCAUAUGGAUCGAUUUGAGCACACAAAGGCCGUAUCCGAUCUGAAUAAGGCAAUUGAUUACACUCUCCACGCUCUCUCACAGACCCCCGAAGGCCAUCCAAGCCUUCCCGAGCUAUUUCAGAGUUUGGGUACAGCAUACAAAGGGCGAUUCGAGCGACUCGGUGAAAUAGGCGAUCUAGAUAAAGCAAUCGAAAAUCACUCACAAGCGACGUCGCUAACACCAAACGAUCACCCAGAGCUUGCGCGACGACUUGGAAACUUAGGUUCAGCGCAUAGAGAUCGUUUCCGGAGCCUCGAAAUAUUCUACGACCUCGAAAAAUCAAUUGAAUACCAUUAUCGAUCCCUUCGCCUUACCCCAGAAAAUCACCCAAGUCUGGUCGACCAUCUAAUAAAUCUGGGAAUGUCUUUGACGGAGAAAUAUAAGCACCUAAACGAGACAUCCGACUUGCAAGAUUCGUUAGCAUGUUUUCGCAGGGCAUCUGAAUCCCUAGUUGGGGCUCCACGUUCCAAGUUUACGGCUGCUCUCACCUGGGCCAGGCAUGCUUCUACCCAUAACCAUCCAGAUUGCAUCCGAGCUUACCAAACUGCUAUCGACCUUCUUCCCCAGGUUGUUUGGAUGGGAUCCACCACCACACAACGUUACCAUGACUUGCAACUGACAAAUGAUUUAGCUGUAGAGGCGGCGUCUGUCGCAUUUUCGGCGGCUAACUACAACCUGGCGUUGACAUGGCUGGAGCAUGCGAGAUGCAUCGUCUGGAACCAAACACUACUGCUUCGUACUCCCUUCGAUGAACUUCAUUCUUCCUAUCCUUCUAUGGCCGAGCGCUUACAGAAAUGUACGGUCGAGCUCGAGAAGAUUAGUGUGGAGCCCCGGCGGAUGGCGCUAGACCCGCUAUCUCCAGACGCAGCCGACUUGGAAGCGAAUGCUCAUCAGCACCGGCGUCUCGCUAUCGAAAGAGAUGCACUUUUAUCAGAGAUUCGUAAGCUACCGGGGUUCGAAGACUUCCUGCUCCCGAAAAAUGCUGUCGAACUCACUCGUGCCGCCCGAAAUGGUCCAGUGGCUGUAAUCAACUGCAGCAAGCGCCAUAGCCACGCAUUAGUCAUUGUGCCCGGACGGAACGAUAUCAUUCCAAUUCCGCUCCCAGCUUUUACUCACGAAAAUGCCGAGCUCGCACGAGCCAAGAUAGUAGUAUCACUGAGAGACAAAGGUAUUAGAGAGCGUGGGGUUAAAAUACGCCAAGAACCAGGUCAGGAAGAGAGGUUUCAGGAAGUGCUGAAGAUGCUCUGGAAUGAUGUCGUCAAACCAAUACUUGAUAGUCUUGGAUACAUGAAUAGCGCGCCGAUGGAUAAUAUACCACAUAUAACGUGGUGUCCGACGGGUAUUGCGUCAUUCCUCCCGUUCAUGCGGCCGGAGAUUAUGGACAUCCCCACGCGAGGGUAUUCAACUAUGUUGUAUCCUCACUCUCGAAUAUUGGGCAUCGGUCAAGAAGCCACGCCAGGAUACCAGCCUCUUCCCGGCAUCGUCAGGGAGCUCGAAUACAUCAAAGGCCACAUGCAGAACGUCGCCGAUUACUCGGAGCUCAUGAAUGACAAAGCUACUAGAGAUACCGUGCUCGAAGCGAUGGAGCAUCAUGAUUGGGUCCACCUCGCUUGCCACGCCAACCAGGACGUUGGGGACCCGACUAAGAGUGGGUUUCUUCUGCAUGAUGGGAGGCUAGAUCUGGCUACAAUUACGCGCCGAUCAUUUAAGAAUAAGGGCCUCGCAUUCCUUUCUGCAUGUCAAACGGCGACAGGAGAUGAGAGGCUGCCCGAUGAAGCUGUACACCUUGCAUCGGGUAUGAUCAUUGCUGGCUAUCCGAGCGUAGUCGGGACGAUGUGGUCAGUGUCGGACAGCGAUGCGCCGCUGGUAGCCGAUCAGAUAUAUAGGCAUAUUGUGAAGAUAAAGAAGGUUGGGAGCGGAGAGGUAGGGAGGGCGCUACAUAGUGCUGUUGGUGCGCUGCGUGAGGGGAUCGGGGAGAAAGAAUUUAUACGAUGGGUGCCCUACAUCCAUAUUGGUUCUUGA